GUGAGCUUUUCUGGUGUUUCUGACACAGCUGUCGGGGGACUCAGCAAACAGUCUGCAGUUUCUGGAGCUGCUCUGAGUCCUGUCAGGUUUCCAUCUGAGCAAUUUCCUCUUCCAGGCAUCCCAAUGCCUGUGGAUGGCCCAUCUGGGUGGCCAGCCCUGCUCUCCCUGCUUCUGGCCGUGGCGAUGCCUUUUUUCUGCUCAGCCAUAUCCAUAGAUGAAGCAUGGAACCAGCUGUUGAUGAGAGAGAAGAUGAUGCAGCUGGGGGGGCAGCUGGUGCUGACCGAACAGGAGGAGCUAGCCAAUGAGAGGCUCAUGGCCCUCAAAAAGGCUGAGGUGACACAGGCGAUGAGGACCCAGAAGUUCCCCCCCAGCAUGCACUUUUUCCGGGCCAAGACUCUCAUCGAGAAAAGUGAGGUGUUUAAUAUCCUGAAGAAGAUGCCAAAAGGGGCUGCCUUACACGUCCAUGACUUCAGCAUCCUGAGUAUGAACUGGCUGGUGAAAAAUGUCACGUACAGGCCCCACUGCCAUUUCUGUGUCACUCCAAGCGGGUACUUGAAGUUCAAAUUUGCUUAUCCAGAGCCCCCCACUCCUAAACCAGCAGAGUGUUCGGAGUGGGUUUUGCUGGAGAAAUAUCGAAAGGAGCUACAGAAUGUCACUGAGUUUGACAACAGACUUCUUCAGACUUUCACUCUGAUGACCGAGAACCCUGAGGUGGCUUAUGCAAACCAAGAUGCUGUCUGGUCCAAGUUUAAUAGUAUCUUCUUCACAAUCUCUGGCCUUGUCCACUAUGCACCAGUGUUCAGAGACUAUGUCUUCCAGGCACUGGAGGAGUUCUACCAGGACAAUGUACUCUACCUGGAGCUCAGAGCCAUGCUGUUCCCGGUGUAUGAACUGAACGGGACUGUCCAUAGCCAAGAGUGGUCAGUGAAGACUUACAGAGAAGUGGCUUGUAUGUUUGCAGAAAAGCAUCCUGGAUUUAUUGGAAUCAAAAUCAUUUAUUCGGAUCACAGAGUCAAAAAUGUGUCCUUCAUCAUGAAAUCCAUCCAAACAGCCAUGACGCUCCGAACCAUGUUCCCCAGGAUGGUGGCAGGGUUUGACCUGGUGGGGCAUGAGGACACUGGCCACUCCUUGUAUGACUACAGGGAGGCUUUGAUGAUUCCCACCUUGCAUGGCGUUAAACUGCCUUACUUUUUCCAUGCUGGAGAGACAGACUGGCAGGGUACUUCCAUAGAUAGAAACCUUCUGGUUGCUCUAAUACUGAACUCUACCAGGAUUGGCCAUGGAUUUGCGUUGACCAAACACCCAGCAGUCUGGGCUGACUCCUGGAAGAAGGACAUCCCCAUAGAAGUCUGUCCCAUCUCCAACCAGGUUCUGAAACUGGUGUCUGACUUGAGAAACCAUCCUGCUGCUAUUCUGAUGGCCACUGGGUACCCCAUGGUGAUCAGUUCUGAUGACCCGGCAGUCUUUGGUGCCAAAGGCUUGUCCUAUGAUUUCUAUGAGGCCUUCAUGGGUAUUGGGGGAAUGGCAGCUGAUCUGAGGACACUCAAACAACUGGCCAUGAACUCUAUCAGAUUCAGCACCUUGAUGGAUAUUGAUAAAAAAGCUGCCAUGAAAACCUGGGAGGAGAGAUGGAAUAAGUUUGUAGCUGACCUGGCUGGGAGGCCAAAGUGAAUUGUCUGGGCUGGAAAAACCUAAUGUCCAGGGCACCAAGAGUCCCUGACUUGCCAGGCUUAUUGUACAAGUCCCCAUCAUCUGGCUUAUGAUGAAUGCCCUGGUCCAGCCCCCUCCUCCUGGGUCCUGGAGCUUUUCGUCAGUUGGCACAGCUCCCAGGAAGGACAGGGAGACUUCUGGAAAUUCAAACUGAGGGAAUGUUGUUGGAGAUGUGAAUCAUCUUAUUUCCCAACAGGUGAAAAUUUGGGAUCCAGACUCAGAGAAAACCCUGGAGCAUUUUUCUUAUUAUCUUGAAAUAAUGUGAAACCUUCAGAAAAGUUGUAAGAAUAGUACAAAGAACUCUAACAUACUCUGUCUAGGUUUCCCAAUUAUUGACAUUUUAUAACAUUUGCUGUAUCAUUCUCUCUAUGUAUCUGUAUCUCUUUCAAUGUCUGCAUGAUAGAUCCUAUUUUUUCUAACCAAUUGAGACUUAAGAUGCAGACAGUAUGGCCCAUUACUUAUAAACACUCCAGUCUACAUUUGCUGAAGACAGUGUCAUUCUCCUAUGUAACCACAGUUUAACCAUCCAAAGCAGGAUAUUAACAUUGAUAAGAUACUACCAUCUCUCCCUGGCCCUUCCAGGCAUGUUUCUUCUCUCUGCCCAGAACCUGACCCAGGAUCACAUGUUACAUUUAGUUAUCUCUUGUCUCUUUCAGUCUGGAACAGUUCUUCCGUAUUUCCUUGUCUUUUGUGAUGUUGACAUUUUUUAAAAAGUUUUUAUUUAUUUAUUUUGAAAGAGAAAGAGAGAGAGAGAGACAGAGAGAGAGAGAGAGAGAGAGAGAGCUUGUGCAUGCGUGCAGGAGCAGAGGAGGGGCAGAGAGAGUGAGAGUUCCAAGCAGUCUCCUUGCUGUCAACAGAGAGCCCACCUCAGAGCUUAAUCCCACAAACCAGGAGAUCAUGACUGGAGCUGAAAUUAAGAGCCAGAGCUCAACUGACUGAGCCACACACUCAGGCGCUUUGUGACCUUGAUUUGAAGAGUACAGACCGGUUACUUUGUAGUGUCUCUCAUUUCAGGCCUAUGUAAUGUUUCCUUGUGAAGAGAUUCCAGUUACACAUUCUUAGGAGGAAUACCUCAGAAGUAUCUUUGUCCUUCUCAGUGCAUCAUAUCAGGGGACACAUGGAUUGUGUCCCCUGGAGGUGGUCUGCACCAGCAAGCAACAGCCAAUUGUUAAAAUUUCAGCCUGUUGUGAAACCAAUGGUGGUCUGAAAUUGGUCAUCAUGGGAGUUUUUGUAAUAUGUAUAAAUAUAUUUUAAGUAAGUUCCAGGCCCAACGUGGAGCUCAAACUCAUGAUACUGAGGUUAAGAGUCAGCCAGGCAGCUGGGUCAUUGGAGGAAUUUUUACAUUACAGAAAUCAGCAAAUACAAAUCAGUGCGCAUCCAGCCCCCCCAGCCAGUAGUUAAACAUUUAUCUGUAUACUGAGGCAUACAAUGUCAAUCUGUCCCAUUAUGAUGAUGUUCACUUUAAUCACUUUGUUAAGGAAAUGUCUGCCAGGAUUUGACACUGUAAAACUUUCUACUUUGUGAUUAAUAAAUAUUUAAUGGGGAAACACUUUAA